UUCGGUCGAUCACGUGAACCGGAUACUCAUACGAAAGAAAUUACUUUAUCCGUCGCCAUAAACAGCGUUCAUUCUAUCUACGCGUACAAGCUCGGCGAUGUUCGCAGCGGUGUGCCUGGCAGUGCUCUCGACGAUUCUUUACAGUUUGUACAGAUGGAGGAAGAGGACUUUCUCGGUGUUCAAGGAACUCGGUAUACCUGGGCCGGAGCCUAACCUUAUUUUCGGCAACCUGCUUGAAAUCCGCAAAAAGGGCAUGGGUCUAUUGUCGAGGGAAUGGACGAAGAAGUACGGUGACAUCGUGGGCUACUACAACGGCGUCAUGCCUGGCAUCAUUCUACGAGACGUUGAAUUGAUAAAACGUACCUUCAUCCAAGACUUCCAGUAUUUCACAGGACGGCAGGUCAUGGCCUCCGUGUCAAAGAACAUCGCCGUCAACGAAGUUCGAAUUAGCAGAGUGCAUGGCGAUGAUUGGCGUCACUUGAAGAAAAUCGUGCUUCCUGCAUUCAAGACGGCCAAUAUCAAGAAGGCCGUUCCGCUGAUGCAAGGUUGCGUCGAGGAGUGUUUCCGGGCGAUGGACCGCAAGCUCGCAGGCUCCGACGGCUGCGUCGAGGUGUUCGAGCCAUACUGCAUUAUGGCCACUGACUUCGGUCUUCAGUUCUUCGCCGGAGCACGCAUGGACAUCCAGCGGGACGACGCAGCUUCGCUGGCCCUGUACAAGGCGGCACGCGGAAGCGUCGGCCAGUUUGGAGGCACAGCGCUUUUUUUUCUCAAUCUCCUCCCUGACAGUCGAUUGCUGCACAGAAUUAUCAUCGCCAUGCAGUCUAUCUUCUCUCAGCUACCCUCCGACGAGAUGGUAGACAGGAUGCUUCCUAUCAUCAAUCACCGCAGAGCAAACCCUGAUCCCACCAAGGAGGACGUGCUUCAGUUACUCUUAAACUCUGAAAAAGAAGAAAGGAUGAGUAAUGGAAAAAUCGAAGGCCGGCAGUUAUCGAGCAUUCUGUUGUCCCACCCAGUCGAGCUGAGGACGGCUUCUAACACCUGCAUCUUCAUUGUUGCUGGCAUCGACAACAUAGCUGCACCACUGGCUUUUGCAUCGUACCUGCUCUCUGAACACCAAGACGUACAGGACAAAGUUCGAGCAGAAGUUCAAGCCCUACUCGAGAAAGAGGGGCAGCUCACAUACGACGGCCUCGGUGAACUCACCUACUUGGGCCAAGUGCUGUCAGAAUCCCUGAGACUCUAUCCUUCGCUUCCAGGCUCUGUACGCAGGGUAUGUGACGAGGACUACGAGUGCAACGGGGUUCGCAUCCUGAAAGGCAUGAGCGUUUCCGUUCCCACUCUCGAUGUUCACUACGAUCCCAGGCUGUGGCCGGAACCGACAAAGUUUGAUCCUGAACGUUUCAGCAAGGCAAACAAGGACCGCAUACAUCCCUUGUCGUACUUGCCGUAUGGACUCGGACCACGCACGUGUAUUGCAGCUACGCUCGCGCGGGUGGAGUUCAUCGUCGCACUCGCCCUGCUUGUGAUGCGGUACAGGUUACUGCCCAGCGGCAAGUACAAGAACAAGCCACCGAACUAUUAUGUUACAAAUUUGGUGGGUUAUCCCAAGGAAGGUAUAUUCAUCAAACUUCAGAAGCUUUGAAGCUCAGGAAAGACUUAGAAGAACAGGGCUAAUACACUACAUGGACUGACAACAUUAUAAUUGUUUGUUUCUGCUUUAACAGCGAGAUACACUCAUAGCUCACCACAUGUAUGAACUCAAUCGCCUGACUUCUAUUCUGGGCCUCCAUACUGCAACACUUGCCAAUAAAGCGUUUCUAGU